UGACCCCUCACUGUUGCUCACACGAGUUGUGCAUCAUUCAUUGACCAUCCGUUUACCACGGAGAAAGAAGAAAACAAGAAUUGAAACUUGACACUCGUGCCUCUCAAAGAGCUCUAAGAGCCAAAACGUGUCAAGAAAAAAAAAAAUUUCGCAAGUCGUAAGUGAGGAGGGCUCCACUCCCAGUAAAGACUCAAAUCUGGGAUGAGAGCCCCACCCGUAAGCAGUAUCCGCCGAAAUCACACGGAAGAACCCUCGUACGCGCUUCAACGCUUUUUGAAGAGCUGGAUGAUGCUGCUCCAGAUGAAAACCACAACGUGCUCCAAAUCCAGUUGUCCCCCGCGUGCUUAUAAAAACCAUCUGGUGUCCUGCCACCACAAGGCCAGAAUCCGGAAGAACGGAGAAAAGAAAAGAGUCAAAGGCUUCUGGAAUAUCUCAAGUUCUCAAUUCUCGGCCUAGGAUCGCCGCGGCUGCUGCCGAUCGCUGCAUGGGAGAGAGCAUUGGAGUGGUGGCGGAGCAGCAGCCCACCACAAUCUGGGAUCGCAGGAGGAGCAAGCGCCGCGUCGUCGAGAGCUCCGACGAGUAUCCUCCCACUUCGCCAGAGGAGUGUGACUCGAGUCCCAGCUACAAGGGAGUUCGCCGCCGGAGCUGGGGGAAGUGGGUGUCGGAGAUACGAGAGCCCCGCAAGCGCUCCAGGAUAUGGCUUGGUUCCUUUGCCACACCGGAGAUGGCCGCCAAGGCCUACGACUACGCUGUCUUCUGCUUGAGAGGCCCCUCUGCGAUGCUCAAUUUCCCAGACUCGCCACCGGUGAUCUCCCCUGGUAAGAAGCUCACUUCCUCUAAAGAUAUCCAAGCUGCUGCUGCCGCCGCCGCAAAAAAGAAAGCGGUCCCGAGACCUGCUUCUGUGACUAGCAAGCCCGUUCCUCUACCUUCUUCCUCCAAGCAAGCCCAAGAAGAAGAAGCUCCUGUCACACCUCUACUCGUUUCGGAGUCGUCCCCUUCCUCGCUACGACGAACCUGGUCUCUCCAGCUUGACGAAGAUUUUGCUGCCAUGGCCAUGCUGCUGCCUCCAUUGCCUCCUCUACCUCCUAUCCAAAUGACCGACGAGGAAGACUCGGACCACGGAGUUCUGGAACACCUAGACCUAUGGUAGAAUUAUCUGCGACACACUACAGCAAUUUUGUUAGCCCACAACAUGUAUAGAAAGAAGGAAAGACGUACUUUUUUUGUC